UUCUUCCAAUUCGCUCGGGAUAUUACAAGAUUCAAUUAACAGUACUUCACACAACCUCGUACAAUAACCUCUUCAUCUCUUCCUUUAGGACACUCAGAUUUCUUUCUCUGACACUAUCUACCAUUUCUUCGUCACUCAAUAUCUGAUAUGGAAAGUACUCCAAGAUCUCCCCUUCAUCCUCCAACUGACGGAAACUUAAUCACCAUCCUCAGCAUCGACGGCGGUGGAAUAAGAGGAAUCAUACCAGCAACGAUCCUUGGAUUCUUAGAGUCUGAGCUUCAGAAACUGGAUGGAGAAGAGGCAAGAUUGGCAGAUUAUUUUGAUGUGAUUGCAGGAACUAGUACUGGUGGACUCGUGACUGCUAUGCUCACAGCGCCAAAUGAGAAAAACAGACCUUUGUUUGCUGCAAAGGACAUCACAGACUUCUAUCUCCACCACUGUCCUAAAAUCUUCCACCAAGACAAGUCCCCCUUUGCUUCUGCGGCCAAUCUGAUCCGAUCGCUGGCAGGACCCAAGUAUGAUGGAAAGUAUUUACAUCAAAUCGUGAAGGAAAAAUUAGGAGACAUAAAACUGGAUCAGACAUUAACAAAUGUUGUCAUUCCAACGUUUGAUAUCAAGCGUCUCCAGCCAACUGUCUUCUCCACCUAUGAGGUGAAGAAAAACCCAUCAAUUAAUGCUCUUCUCUCAGAUAUAUGCAUUGCAACUUCAGCUGCACCAACUUAUCUUCCAGCCCACCGUUUCGAAACCAAGGAUGCAACAGGCAGUACUUUGAGAGAAUUCGAUCUUAUUGAUGGAGGCAUGGCUGCCAAUAAUCCUGCUUUAGUGGCGAUGAAUGCUGUGAUGAAAGAACUCAACGGAUCAGAUAACUCAGACUCUUUCCCCAUACAGCCAACAGAAUAUAGCCGAUUUCUGGUGCUGUCCUUAGGCACAGGCUCGCCGAAAAGUGAAGAAAAAUACGAUGCUAAUGAAGCGGCUGAGUGGGGUUUGCUGGGGUGGUUAACCAGUGAACACUCCACUCCAUUGGUGGAUGUGUUCAUGCAAGCCAGCAGCGACAUGGUUGAUUUUCACAUUUCUACAGUUUUUAAAGCUCUUAACUCUGAAGAAAAUUACAUUCGAAUUCAGGACGAUACGCUGAGUGGAAACCUGUCUUCUGUGGAUAUUGCCACUGAAGAAAACUUGAAGAAUCUUGUGAAAGUUGGUGAGGAUUUGCUCAAGAAACGAGUCGCUAGGGUGAACUUGGACACCGGCGUCUUCGAGCCUGCUUACGAGGUUACAAAUGAAGAGGCUCUCAAGAAGUUGGCUAAGAUUCUAUCCUCCACAAAGAGAAGUCGAGGCUCUAAAUGAAGAUACAAAAUUUCCAGUGGAAAGUUGAUUGUCUAUUAGGAUUCUUAUGGAGUUCAUUUAUGUAUUUAUUUAUUUAUUUUUUCAAUUUAGCUAUGUAAUUCAUUUAUUUAUUGACAAUAAAAUUCAUUCAUAAUUUCAAUUUA